AUGAGCUCUAUUGCCAUUAAGACCGUUGCUACAACUCCUUACAAGGACCAAAAACCUGGUACCAGUGGUCUUCGUAAGAAAACUCCCAUCUUUAUGGAGGGACACUAUCUUCACAACUUUAUCCAGUCUACCUUUAAUUCCCUUCCCAAGGAUCGCGUCCAAGGUUGUACUUUAGUCGUUGGAGGAGAUGGAAGAUAUUACUCCCGUGAGGCCAUUCAGGUAAUCUUGAAGAUUGCUGCGGGCAAUGGUGUGGGCCGUGUGUGGGUUGCUCAGCAUGGAAUCAUGUCGACUCCUUCUAUUUCUGCCGUGAUUCGAACCCGUGAGAACGGUAUUGCCUACGGAGGCUUCAUCCUCACUGCCAGCCACAAUCCAGGUGGUCUGAACGCCGAUUUCGGUGUGAAAUUUAACGGCGAGAACGGAGCCGCCGCUGCCGAGCACAUCACCAACGGCAUCUACACGGAGUCGCUGAAGAUCAGCGAACUGAAGAUGGCGGAGCUUCCCGAAGUCCCCAUCGACGAGAUCGCCACGCUGACCUACACCGUGGCCGAGCACCCCUUCAUCGUGGAGAUCAUCUCCUCCACGGAGGACUACAUCCGGAUUCUGCAGAGCGUCUUCGACUUCCCUCGCAUCGCCGCGCUCUUCCGUCGUCCCGACUUCCACUUCCACUUCGACGCCAUCAACGGCGUCUCGGGCGCCUACGCCGGCCCCAUUUUCCACGAUUUGCUCGGCGCGCCGCUCGACUCCCUCCACAACUGCGUCCCCAAACCCGACUUCGGCGGCUGCCAUCCCGACCCGAAUCUCACCUACGCGCGGGAAUUGGUCGAGGCGAUGGGACUGGACCGCACCGGCCAGCCGCUCCUCAAAUCCGCCGAGGAGGCUGCGAAGAUCCCGGACUUCGGGUGUGCGACGGACGGAGACGCGGACCGCGCGAUGAUCCUGGGCCGGCAGUUCUUCAUUUCGCCGUCGGACUCGCUGGCGAUGGUGGCGGCGUACUGCCGGUGCAUCCCGUACUUUCAGAACGGGCUGACGGCGUGCGCGCGGUCGAUGCCGACGUCCUCUGCGAUCGAUGUGGUGUGCGAGCGACGCGGGAUCCGCGGGUUCGAGGUGCCGACGGGCUGGAAGUUCUUCGGCAAUCUGAUGGACAGCAAGGCGCUGGGGAAGCAGGACAACCACCCGUUCAUCUGCGGCGAGGAGAGCUUCGGGCUGGGCGCCGACUACAUCCGCGAGAAGGACGGCAUCUUCGCCAUUCUGUGCUGGCUGUCGAUCGUGGCACAGCGCAAUGAGGAUCCGGAGAAGCCGCUCGAGGGCGUGGAGGCGAUCGCUCGCGACUACUGGAACGAGUUCGGACGGCAUUAUUACACGCGGUACGACUACGAGGGCGUGGAGACCGCGCAGGCCGACGCGCUGAUGGACGGAUUGCGCGCGAAGAUCGCGGAAAUGGAGGGAAAAACGAUGGUGGUGAAGGGAGUGGAAAUCGUGAAGAUGGACGAGUUCGAGUACCAUGACCCCGUGGACGGAUCGGUCUCAUCGCAUCAGGGAAUUCGGAUUUACACGAAGGACGGAGCGCGCAUUAUCUUCCGAUUGUCGGGCACUGGAUCCUCGGGCGCCACCAUUCGAAUGUAUAUGGAGAAGUACGAGACGGAGAAGGAUCGGUUGAUGCUGCGGACGGCUGAUGUGAUGGAGAAGGUGCUGGCGGCUGCCUUGGAAUUGUCGCAGAUGGAGGCGAUGACUGGAAGAACGGCUCCCUCUGUAAUUACAUAAGUGACUCGAUUUGAUUUAAUUGAUUUAAUUGAUUUAAUGAUUUCUGUUGAUUUCAAUACACUUUCGUUCUAUUUUGUUUGUUUGGAAAGUAGUUUUAUGAUGAUCAAGGGCUUUUCGUUUGGGUCAUUUUCUCAUUUCUGAAAUGGUCUACAAGAACGGGAGAAGAGUCGUUGUGAUUCUGAGAGGGAGUAAUGCACUAGAAGAAAGCUCGUACCAAGAAACAGGAACCCGAGACCAAGGAGAAGGUUCCGCAGUCCAUUGUCGCUCGCAAAGGUGCUGUGGGACCCUUCGUAGCGGCUCUGGUGAAGAAUAUUCGAAUGAUUAUGUCCCCGAACACCGCUAUUCACUUGACGGAGAAUAAGUGGGAAUAUGGGAGUUGUCUGACCUCUAGAUCCAACAGUAUUCGUGAUUUUGUGAAUAUCGCCGGUCCUUUUGGCGUCACUCACAUUAUCCUCGUGAGCAAGGGAAAGAACAAGCCGACCAUGCGCCUUGCGUGCUUCCCUCAGGGUCCUACUCUGCACUUCCAAGUUUUCGCUUUUUCCUGCUCUCUAUCUAGAUCGAGGAGUACACGCUCAUGCACGACAUUCUAAAGCUCCACAAGAAGGGAGUGGACACAACCUCUCCGUUCCUCCACCCUCCUGUGCUCGUCUUCAACAAUUUCCCCACCAACGACAAGCCUCUGGAGCUGGUGGUUAAGACCUUCCAAAACAUGUUCCCCGCGAUGAACCCCGAAAAAAUCCACAUCGACCAUUGCCGCCGCGUGCUGCUCCUCCAAUACGAUUCCGUAGCCCUUCGAUUCGAAUUCGACGUAGGCGACGCAGAGCAUUCUCCUCCGCCACUACUCGGUGGUUCGCUCCACGGCGGGCAUCAGCCGCGCGGUGGACGCGAUCGUGAACAAGCGGCGCGUCCCGAACCUCAGCGGGCUGCACGACAUU